AUGUCGCGCGCGUGCGACGCGUCGAUGCCCCGCUGCUGUCCCGCGGCGAAAUGGGCAGCCUACUGGUGGUCCGAGGAGUUAGAUGAGCUACGAAGGGCCACCGUGGCUAUCAGACGAACGUAUACUCGCCGCAGGCGGCGGGGUACAGACGCCCGCGGGGGCGCUCCGAGACUCAAGGAGCGCCCUCAGGGCGGCCAUAAGAAAAGCGAAAGCCGACGCAUGGCGGGAGCUGCUCUCCUCCCUGGACAGGGACCCGUGGGGGAGGCCCUACAAGAUAGUGACGAAGAUGCUUCGUCCGUGGGCCCCCCCGAUAACGGAAACUCUGAACACUCAGUUCCUAGAGGAUGGGUGUGGCUCGCCGCGGCUCCCAUCGUUGGAGAUCGCCUGAGGCAGUUUUACACUAGCUGCUUCAGAGAAGGUAUAUUUCCCAGGUCGUGGAAGAGGGCCAGGCUUGUCCUCCUACGCAAGGAGGGCAAGCCAGCGGAGAGUCCCUCCGCCUAUAGGCCGAUUUGCCUACUGGACGAUGUGGGAAAACUGUUGGAGCGCAUCAUCGCUGACCGCAUCGUCCGGUACCUGUCCCGGGAUGGACCUAACCUAUCCCGCGGUCUGUACGGCUUCCGGGAGGGGAUGCCGACGAUCGACGCCAUCAGGCAUGUUCGAUCCCUGUCGGAGCAGAUGACCGCGGGUGGGGAUGUAGCGUUGGCGGUAUCCCUCGACAUCGCCAACGCCUUCAACAGCGUCCCGCGG